CAUUCUUCAUCUUUUUCCAAACCAAUAAGGAAAAGGGAAAAUAAAGAUACCAUUUAAACGAAAAGCAGAGCAAGCCAGAGCCGAGUGACGUUUAGCCAUAAAAAUCUCGCAAUGGGCAACGCGAAUGGAAAAGGAUCCCGGCAGCGGCAAGAACCGGAGCUGGAGCUGCCGGAAUUCUCAACCUUCACCUGCGAAGUAUGCGUCGAGCCUACGCCGCCGGAGAGUAGAUUCAAGAACAAUGCGACGUGCGUCCACCAGUUCUGCACGAACUGCGUCGCCAGGUACAUCCAGGUCAAGGUCGAAGACGACCGCGCCGCCAACGUCAAGUGCCCCGCGCCGAACUGCCAUCAUAUGCUCGACGCCAUCUAUUGCCGGCCGAUCAUCGGCCGGCGUGUGUUCGACGCGUGGUGCGACGUGCUCUGCGACAACGCGCUGCUAGGGCUGGACCGCUGCUACUGCCCGAACCAGGAGUGCUCGGCGGUGGUGGUGAACGAGUGCGGCGCCAAUGUGAAGCGAUCGGAGUGUCCAAAUUGCGAGCGGCCGUUCUGCUUCCAGUGCAAGCUUCCCUGGCACGCCGGCUAUCGAUGCGGAGAGGCGAGGGACGGGAAUGAUACAGAGUUUGGAAUUCUUGCCGAGGAGAGGAACUGGAUUCGAUGCCCCGAGUGCAAUCAUUAUGUCGAGCUUAUCGAAGGUUGCUCCUUUGUCAGAUGCAGAUGCGGGACCAAGUUCUGCUACGAGUGUGGAAGGAAGGUGCAUUUUGUGGCGUGUGACGGCGGCUGGGAUGCGGAGCGCUGGAUUUGGCCCCUGGGUCUCUCGUCACUCCUUAUCUUCUGCUUAACCAUUCUUCUUCUAUUUCUUAUCGCAAAAUUUCGGAGUAACUUGUUGGCCAACUAACUUAUUCACCAUUCCUCGGCGGUGUUCGGCUUUUUUUUUUUUAAGUAGUUUUUAGGUUGUAUAAAAUUUAAAAAUUAAGUAACGUUUAA